AAGCAGCUGGGGGUUUUUUUGAGUUGCAUCAUCUUUGUGCAUCAAUGAAAAGUCCAAAUAUGGCUUUGUUCAAGCAACAGAAGGUGGAGGAUGUUUACGAAAUUGGGGAAGAGCUAGGAAGUGGCCAGUUUGCUAUAGUGAAGAAAUGUCGAGACAAAAGCACCGGUAUGGAAUAUGCUGCUAAGUUCAUUAAAAAACGUCAGAGUCGGGCCAGCCGUCGUGGAGUGAGACGUGAGGAAAUUGAACGGGAGGUUACUAUUUUGCAGCAGAUUCUGCAUGCCAACAUCAUCAAGUUGUAUGACAUCUAUGAGAACAAGACGGAUGUGGUCCUCAUCCUUGAGCUGGUUUCUGGAGGAGAACUUUUUGAUUUCCUGGCACAGAAGGAGUCUUUGAGUGAAGAGGAAGCAACCAGAUUCAUCAAGCAGAUUUUGGAUGGUGUGAAUUACCUUCACUCGAAGAAAAUUGCUCACUUCGAUUUAAAGCCUGAAAACAUUAUGCUUCUAGACAAGAAUUUCUCUAUUCCACACAUCAAACUCAUUGACUUUGGCCUGGCUCACAAAAUAGAAGAUGGAGUUGAAUUUAAAAACAUUUUUGGAACUCCAGAAUUUGUAGCUCCAGAAAUAGUAAACUAUGAACCACUUGGACUAGCUGCAGAUAUGUGGAGCAUAGGAGUCAUCACCUACAUACUGCUUAGUGGUGCGUCGCCCUUCCUUGGGGAAACUAAACAAGAAACACUUGCCAACAUCACAGCUGUGAAUUAUGAAUUUGAUGAAGAAUUUUUCAGCAAUACCAGUGACCUGGCAAAUCCAGAAAGAUACAAAAUGGGUAUUAGAGAGAAAGAGGCAAGGAAACGGCUCACGAUUCAGGAAGCUCUGUCUCAUCCAUGGAUAACGCCAGUGGACAAGCGACAGGCUUUGGUUCGGCAAGCAUCUGUUGUUAACAUGGAAAACUUCAAAAGGCAAUAUGCUAGAAGGCGAUGGAAGUUUUCUUACCGUAUUGUCUCAUUCUGCAACCACUUAUCUCGUUCACUGGUGAAAAAGGUCCUAAUACAGGAGGAAAGUUUGAGAAACUGUGAAAGCGACAGUGAGGAUCUUUCCCAAAGAAAAGCCACUCAUCAGAGGAGAAGCAGUGUAUCAUAAUGUAAUGAGAAUUCCACGGGCAGGAGACAUAGGAAAUUUUCAUCCUUGAUGAAAAAAACCAGCCGUGACAGCAGACCUUGGCUUCUUGUCUGAAUCCUUGGUAUGAUGCUUCCCACUUCUCAAACUACGCCAACAGGUGGAUGAUGUCAUUAAAUGCCUUCUGAGCAUUUCAGGAAACAGGGAAUCCGGAUUCCCGGGGAAAGGCUGCAGCACAAGCACCGAUUGGAGUGCUUUUAUAUGUUGAGCGUUUCAGUGAUACUUCAAUCUGUUUGUGAUAUCAACUGCACUCAGGACGUAGGGUUUCUACUAAUAUUCUUUUACUGCAGAAUAAUUCACAUUCCGCGCAAUGAUUAAGACUCUCUGCAUUAUUAUUUCAGUCAGGGAAAUUGUUAUUGAGUCUUAAGGGAAUUUUUAAAUAAACUUUUUAUAUUUGUUAGCAGCAUAAAUAUUUGAUAGCAGAUAUCUGACAGGUUUCGUUAUCUGUGUGCAGUACUCUGUUAUUGAAGAGAAAAUGAUAGUGCCAUUACAUAUUAUAACCUUUAUUUCAUGAACUGAGCAGUAAACAGUUCUGUACUGCAAUAAGAAUUGUGCUCUGGCUGUUGUCUUUGGCUGAAGGCUACCACAACUGCUGUUGUCAAUUUGAGUACAACUGAUUCUGGCCACUGAGAGGAUGAGAUAGGCCAGGACAAUUUUUGGACGAAAAAGAAAAAAAUUCUGUAGUGACUUACAUGCACCCAAAUACAAUGUUUUUACAGAAUGAUGGCAGGAUGCUUCACCAAAACAGGGCGCUUAAAAACCCAACGUAUAUGAAGAAAUAGUCUUUAUUAGACUUUGUUAUUGUUUUCAUUUAUUAUUGGCAAAUUGGAGAUUCAUUAACGCCUAUUUGUUUAGAUGGUGUUUACAUGUAACCCAAACCGCAGGCAUCUGUGUUUUAUUCAGG